CAUAUGCCUAAAACCUUUAUCUGUCAUGCUUCUUCCCAUUGGAAUGCGACGGAACCGGAAGCGUCCAGUGAAGAGAUGACGUAAUGAAGAGUCUCCAUUCCCAACCUAGGACAACACUGUGUUGAAGAACAAAACUUUGGUGAAGUCGGAUUCCAGGAUUACAGAAAGUUACUUAAAAUCUUUUGACGCUUUCUUUGUUGAUUUUAACGUGCAAUACGUGACCCAGAUGUGGAAUUAUUGAUGGAUUCGCGGUAUGAGAUUCAGCGGAGGGCCGGUGGAAGUGGCUUUAGCGGGGGCUCCGCCAAUGCAUCCCCCGCUCUCACCGGAGCUCAGUCUCGGCGCAAGAAGAUGCCACCUAGACCGGCCGACUAUAAACUUCAAAUAAUCAUCAUUGGCUCCAGGGGGGUUGGUAAGACCAGCCUAAUGGAAAGGUUCACAGAUGACACGUUUUGUACAGCCUGCAAGUCAACUGUUGGGGUGGACUUCAAGAUCAAAACGGUGGAGCUGCGCGGGAAGAAGAUCCGUCUGCAGAUCUGGGACACAGCGGGACAAGAGCGCUUCAACAGCAUCACGUCGGCCUACUACCGAGGGGCCAAAGGCAUCGUGCUGGUCUACGACAUUACCAAGCAGGAGACCUUUGAGGACCUGCCCAAGUGGAUGAAGAUGAUUGACAAGUACGCGUCUGAGGAAGCUGAGCUUCUGCUGGUGGGGAACAAGCUGGAUUGUGAGACGGACAGGGCCAUCACACGACAGCAGGGAGAGAGGUUUGCCUCCAGGAUAUCUGGCAUGCGCUUCUGUGAGUCGAGUGCCAAGGACAACUUCAAUGUGGACGAGAUCUUCCACAAGCUGGUUGACGACAUCCUCAGCAAAAUGCCUCUGGAGAUCCCCAGUAAAGAGCUCUCCAACAGCGUCCUCUCCCUGCAGCCUGAGCCUGAGGUCCCUCCAGAGCUGACCCCCCCUCGAGCCCGCUGCUGCUGAAAUCCCCUCCCCAUUACACCUACCCCAUAUACAACCCCCUUCUGACCACACACACACACACACUCACGCACACAUACACACUCACUCACACACACACACACUCACACACACACACAUACACACACACAUACACACUCACAUAUCGACACACAUUCCCCCUGAUCCUCCUGACCCUGUUGCAUCAUUGUGGUCUCCAGCCUCCUGAUGUUCAGCUUCAAGUGUCACGGUGACCUUGACAUUGACCUUUACGCUUCACACCUUUGACCCUGUGACCCAGAGAAUCACUUCAAUCCCUGUCCUUGCUCUGAUCCCAGCCCAUCCCAGGUUUCAGCUUGUGUUCAUGCAGUUCACAGGUCUGACCAGCAGAGAACCACAGAGGGCCUCCAAGGCACGCUCCACGCUACCUGUCAGCUUUCUUGAUUAGUGGUGAAAGUUACAUGCAGAAAUUACAUGCAUAAAAACACACACUCUCUCUCUCUCUCUCUCACACACACACACACACACACACACACACACACACACACACACACACACACACACACACACACACACACAAUGCCCAGCCUACCUCAUAUCCAUCACAGCUGGGUGUACCAUUCAAGGUGCCUUGCAGAUGAUCACACCCAAUCUCACACACCCUUGGCAGUUGUAUGUAUGUACACACACACACACACACUAAACAUAUAACCCACAGUCUAUACACAAAUGCGCUAUGCAGACACGGACACACACUAAAAAAACAUACACAGAUACACACCGACUUCACAAGACAAACAUACACACACAUACUGCACAGUGCACACAUACAGUAGCCUGCAAUUCUGUGCUGCCCUCUGUGAGACUUUAAGAGAAUUAAGAACAAAUGUCUUGCAAGUGAUCCAGUUGGCAGCCCAUGGCCUGGCCUCUCUUUGGAGGAUGAAGCUCACCAAGAGCUCCCCACUCACACGGAUUCAGCACAUGAUGCUGCUCACCUGGAUCUGCAUUGGAUCUGUCCUAGACGUGGGCCAGGUGCAGGCCAGGUGUGGGCCAAGUGUGGGCCAGAGUGUGAUAUUCCCUGGGAAGGCACGUUUCAUCAUGCACUUGUCUCGCCUUCUCUCUCCUGCUCAGCCCUGCGUGGCCCCUAAGAACAGCGCCCCCCUCGGGUGAGGUGUUGUUAUCAACCGAAACGGACUUUGAUUCAAGAUCAAAGUGAGUAUAUUAUCUUAAAGAAGUGAUUACCGUCACGUCAACCGCACAGAAGUGGAUAAACACAGUGUCCCUCCUCCCAGAGCGCUUUGCAGAUGAAGAUCAAGCCAUGACACAGCACUUAUAUGAAUCGGUCCCCCAACCCAGAUCAAGCAGUAGAAUCGGACCUGGUGUGAAGGUCUCAGCAGCAUAUCAGCCCAAAUAUCAGUAGUGGGCAUUUCAACAGCGACAGACAGACAGCAAAGGUCAAGGGUCGUCAACAGAGGGGUUGUGUCACCACAGACCCAUUUUAUGACGUUAGCUCAGAUCACUCUUUUUCUUUACAUUUUGUUUUGUUUUCGUUUCAGUGGCUCCACAGAAGUGUUCCUUGAGGAAGAAGAUUUUUUUUUAAAUGUAUUUCAACAUAAAAUGAAAUGUAUUUCAUUUUAUGUUACGCAUUGGCAAUAGUUGGGCCUUAAUAGUUGCCAUCUCCUAAGCUCCCUUGAGUUUGCCCUGUGCCAUAACAGUAUUCUAUAUACUUUGACAAAAAAAUGGGUUCUUUUAUUUGUUUGUUUGUGAUUGGACCUGUAACUGUUUUUUGCACUACAAUUCGUUGUAGCUAGCUUUGCCUACGUGCCACAAUGCAAAACAUAUGCACAUAAGGAAAGGUGACUCGGACUCGCCUGGUGUUUCUCUGGGAAACACUCGUCAUAUUUACGAGUCAUGUGUUUCCAUGGCGACGCUCUCUAGUUGCAUGGAAGGAAACUCCACUCAACCCCAAGCACAAAGACGUCUCAUGGUAGUGAUGGGAGGGCACACUGCAAAAUGGCCGCCUCCAUCAAACCCAGGAAACACACAAAGUCAGAGUAGGGGAGCAGUCAUCUCUUUGUUGUUGUUAAACCCCCAAAAAUGCACCUAUAAUUACAAACCUAAUAUAGUGAAAAUCUGCUUGUGAAAAUGCAAUUGCACAUUUCUUUUGAAAACACCUGUUGGUCAACCUGCUAAUGGCCACCAGUCCAGAGUGCAUUGGGGUCAGAUCUGCCCCUGCAGCACAGUAAAGCCUGCUUAUACGAAUCUGAUUUCAGUUAGCCGACUACAAGUCUUAUUGGGGGAUCCACCUGGCCAUUCUGAGUUUAGUGUCAUCCGCAAUCAAGCAAGCCUGUGUCAGCUUAUCGUUCUAAACACCAGUGGCAAUAUUAGCGCACCCCAAAGCAGACCUUCACUGUCACUGAUGUGGCCAGUGCAUUUAGAGCUGUCUCACUGAUGUGGCCAGUGCAUUUAGAGCUGUCUCACUGAUGUGGCCAGUGCAUUUAGAGCUGUCUCACUGCAGUAUUUCUACAGUAUAACAUGGAUGACACAAGCGAAGGUGUGUAAUUGGUACUGAUGCCAAUGACGUCAUCAGGCGUGAAAUGCUGAUUGCUUCCCAUCCCAGCAGAUAGAGAUUGGGCCCCCCGUGGAGCUGCUGUACCACCCAAUCACUCGCAGCGUACUUAGCCAGGUGCAGCUGAAAGGGUUUGGGAGACUUCAGACUCCAAGUCAGAGCUGGGUUCAGUCAGCUGUGAUUGUAAGACCUGCAGGGUGACUGGCGGCUCAUCUCUGAUUCUAAAGUAGUCUGGGCGCUGUCUUCCAUGGGCAGAUAUCUGACCACUGGUGUUCAUUUCAGGCUAGUCCUACACUAAAAGCAAAUUUCAAUGUAAAUCUCCAUCUGAAAAAAACAAUGCUCUUAGGCCACGGCUAGGCUUAAUGCAUGUAAGGGAAAUGGGUCGCCAUUACAUAACCGUGGAUUGCACAUCUAGUAUUUGACAUUGUGAUUGGUAUGGAAAAGCACAUUUAAUAUGUAAAGAAAUGCAGCAUUCUCAAUGAUCUCUGUUCAGUGAUCUAAGGGUUUUCCUUCUGUUUUCCUUUGGCUCCAAUGCAGAGAUUGCCUCCGUGAGGAAGAAAGCCUGCCCAUUUCCUUUGACUACCAGAAUACCUAGUGUUUUUUAGUAUUAUUAUUGUUCUUAGGUUUGACCCUAAGGCAGCACAAAUAUGCCAAUUCAUGGACUGGUAAAUUUGAUUGGUUGGUUGGUUGAUAUGGACUAGUGCAACCUGUGAACAACCCAAAAAAUCAAGAAAGCAUGAGACCAUGCCUUUAGAGUGAUUCGGCAAAGAGGGUUGAGUGGCCUUUCAGUGCGUUUUGAACAUCCAUCAUGCCAAGCACAUAUCUCUGUGGACUGCUUAGUAAUUAAGGUCAGGAUACCGUCUCCAUGGGAACACUAAUGACUCCUGUGGUGCAUCUGUGUUUGUUUAUCUGUCUGUUUUUGUUUUUAUUUACUAAUGGAGUUAUUGCAGUGUUACGCGAUGCGGGACAUGGACAUACCCCACCCCACAGGUUAAGGGAGUAGCUGGUGUUUAGAUGUUUAAUCUGAUGUUGGGCCACAGAACAACCUGGUGGAGAUGUUUGCCCUAUAAAGUGGGCAUGAGACACUAUGUAAUUGGCAUAUUUCACAAGAUGGAUGUUUCAUGUCCUCUUUAACUUGGGUUGAGGGUUGGAUGGGAACUCAUCUCUCCUGUCAGUGGAGGAACUGAUCUGUGGGUGACCUGCAUUGUAUUUUAGAAUCAGAGAAGCUCAUGGUUCAUCUCAGCUACACUUAUCUUUAACACUGUCUUGGCAAGGUGUUCAGCCCCCGAUGACCCAUCAUCUUUAUUUGUCAGCUACUUUCUCCCGUCUCUUUUCUUGAGUUGUUUUUUGCCAAGUCUUUUUGUCAUCAUGUUGAAGAUGUGCUAACCUCAGACUAGUGUUAUUUUGCCAUCAUCAGUUUGUGCCAUGUGUUUAUGUGACUAGGUACACUGUUAAGAGGCUUCACUUUAAAGUUUCACAAAGUGCUUUUUAAUUUUUGGUUAUGGGAGAGCAGGACGGCAGGCGCUCGCUUGCACAUCAACUCCAGCCAGUUUCUGACUGCUGUCGGCUGAAUAAGCUUUGACACAAAGUGACUGGACAGUUUGGCUGAGCCCUUUGAAACAAAAUGGCUGCAAGAUCAGUGACUUUUUGUUAACAUUACAAAAACUUGAGUUGUAAUUUUCUGCACCGUUGGACAGCACUUGUUAAGGAGGACUUGAAUUUUGAUUGUUGAUUAUGAUGCAGUUGUGAUACGUGUGAGCCGCCUGCCUCAGUGUUGAUGUAAUGAUUUAUGAAGGGUUAGCCUGUUCAUUUAGCAAUAAGUGUGCCACCCCCACCACUAUCACAGGCCAUUCAGACCAGAACUGGUGUUUUACUGGAUCCUGGUCUGAACCAGUCUGGACAAGCACUCGCACUCCUCUCUCUCUGUCUGUCUCUCUCUAUUACUCUCUCUAUCUCUAUCUCUCUCUCUCCAUAUUGUACAGACAUGCCUUACCCUCACCCAUUUUGAAAUAUGACUUUUUUUAUGUGUCAUUGAAAUUGUAAUAGAAGGAACAAAAAAUUCAGUACAAACCCUUGUUGAAACAGCGGGCUCUUUUGAAAAUGUUUGUAUGAAUAGGUGGACUUUAGACAUCUCUUAUAGACGGCAUGUUUUCAGCAGUUUUGUGAUAUUUAUAACUUUGUGGCAUUCUUUAACUAAUGAAGUGCAAAUAAAGAUGAAAUAUAUAUUUA